UGAUCGGUGCGGUGUCACGUGACCGCCGCCCAAGCCCUCCCUGCCUGGGGCCGCUGCUGGCCGAGUGACUUAAAAUUUAGGCGCCGGCGGUCACCGAGGUAGAAAUGGCUGCCGCUCUGCAGCGCAUCGAGCAGCUGUCCAGUCGGGUGGUGCGCGUGCUGGGCUGUAACCCGGGUCCCAUGACCCUGCAAGGCACCAACACGUACCUGGUGGGAACCGGCAGCAGGAGGAUCCUCAUUGACACGGGAGAGCCGUCAGUUCCAGAAUAUAUCAGCUGUUUAAAGCAGGCCUUGGUUGAGUUUGACACCGCAAUCCAGGAAAUCCUGGUGACUCACUGGCACCAAGAUCAUUCUGGAGGCAUCGUAGACAUUUGUAAAAACAUCAGUAACGAUGCCACUUAUUGCAUCAAAAAACUUCGACGGAAUCCUCAGAAAGAAGAAAUUAUAGGAAGUGGAGAACAGCACUAUGUCUAUAUAGAAGAUGGAGACUUGGUCAAGACUGAGGGAGCCACGCUCAGAGUUUUAUACACUCCUGGCCACACUGAUGAUCACAUGGCUUUACUCCUGGAAGAGGAAAAUGCCAUCUUUUCUGGGGAUUGCAUCCUAGGAGAAGGGACAACGAUAUUUGAAGACCUCUCUGAUUACAUGAACUCCCUAAAAGACUUACUAAAAGUCAAAGCCAACAUUAUAUAUCCAGGACAUGGCCCAGUGAUCCAUAAUGCCGAAGCUAAAAUUCUGGAAUAUAUUUCUCACCGAAAUAACCGAGAAGAACAAAUUAUCACCUUAUUCCGUGAUAACCUCGAGGAAUCAUUCUCAGUGAGCGAACUCAGGAAGAUGAUUUACAAGAACGUUCCAGAGAAUUUACAUAAGAUGGCGGAGCAUAAUCUCUUGCUUCACUUGAGGAAACUAGAGAAAGAUGGGAAAAUAUUUUCCAUCGCAAGUCCUGCCAAGAAAUGGAGAGCCUCCCUUUAGUUUCAGAUCAAUAAAGUUCUCGUUUUGCUUUUAGAAGAUGGUAUUUUCUUUUAGCUAUAAAUUACGUAUUUAUAGAAAAUAUCAAAUGUACAACUUUGAAAAUAACUUUUAACACCUUUGUGAAAUAUGUAAAUUACGUUUUAUGUAUGUAGGACAGGAUACUGAUCUAACCUUGGUCUUGGAAGGUUUUACCAGAAAUUCAGAAUCUAGCACUUUAUCACUUUCCUAGGGAUUAAGUACAGUGGUUACUUAAGGGUAAUAAAUGUUGAAUAAUUCAAACCAGUUAAUACUUUAUAGAGUUUGGUUAUUGUCUUAGAGUUUCUAGUGCAGUAAAAAUACCAUCCAAGGCAACUCUAACAAGAAAAACAUUUAAUUGGAGCAGGCUCCAGUUUCAGAGGUUCCGUCCAUUAUCAUCAAGGUGGGCAAGCAUGGCAGCAUCCAGGCUUUCUAUCAAUGGUGCUGGAGAAAGAGCUGAGAGUUCUACAUCUUGAUCCAAAGGCAGUCAAAAAGAGACUGUCUUCUACAGGAAGCCAAGAGGAAGCUCUCCCCACAUGUGGUGGAGCCUGAGCGAAGGAGGAGACCUCCAGAGCCCACCCCCACAGUGACGCACUUCCUCCAAGGAGGCCACCUCCUAACAGUGCCACUCCUGUGAGCCAAGCAUUCAAACUCAGGAGUGUGUGGGGGCCACCAAUUCACACCCCACAGUUAUUUGUUAGCAUUUGCCAGUAAUACUGUUUUCUUUAGCUACUUCAAUCACAGCACGGAUAUCUGCAUACUCAUUUCUUUUCUUCAACCCUUGUCUAUACCUUGUACAUACCAAGUUUAUUUCACUUUUCUAUCAAUUAUAUCAUUUAUUGAUUCUACAACUCUAUGCUGUUUAUUUUCUUAUAAUGGUAUCCCAUAAACAAUGCAUAAGUUGAUCAUUAAAAAAUAUUAAAUAGACUAACUUGAAA